AUGAAAGUUCUUCUGCUUUUGCUCGCUACGGUAGUAAUACCUACUCUAUCAGCAGGCAGUGAAAAAUGGAUCCUAAGAAGAGACUUACUAGAACUGUGUUCAUACAACUUGAGGCACAAUCUCCAUCCUGACCUUCAGUUAGGUCAAUGCAACCCGUACUUUCUUCGGUGUGAAUCUGAUGACAAAACUGGAAACAUUAGAGUGAGACUGGGCAGUUGUGCUAAUGGAAGAGUGUUUUUGGGUAAUAAAUGCACCAAAAUUGAGAAAAUGGGAAAUGCUUGUUUUGAUGUAGCUGUGAAUCUGGUCAAUGCUGCUAGUACGAAAUUGGCUCAGGUAAACUAGUUUAUCUUUUGUGUCAAAGGCAAACUUAAAGGGUACUGUUUUGGGUAGUACGGUAGCUUAGAAUAAUGCAAUUGAUUUGUAUGAAGUAUUGUUUAGGUAGUGGGAUUCUGCGAACGAAACGCUCCACAAACUGCUGCUGUCUUUGUAGGAAAGUUCAAAGAGUGUUCUAGACAAGCAAUGUUGUGUAUUCCAAAUGGCGAAAUUCCUGCUAUUCCGUUUGCUUGUCCUGAAGGUAAUUGUUUUACACGAGUACUCUAACGAAACAUGAUUUUUAUAGUUCGAAGGCUUUACAAUUCAUUCUGUAGUAAAGAAUUCUAAGAUUUUGAAACAUUUAACGGUAAAACUCAUAUUCCAGGCCAUACUAUUGACAUACAUACCUUGUCGUGUGUACCAACUAAAGACAAUUGUCCGAAGACUGUUUCGAACAACGUGUUCUACCCAGUUUUGGCCACUUUGAACAGAAGAUGGUGUAGAGACAAUAGGAAGGACAAAAACGAUGAUUCUUACGACCCACACGAUGGAGUCGAGCCAGAUUCUUUGAGAUGUCGAAACUGGUUUGUCACUUGUGGUCGAGAUAGUCAAAAAUUCUCAUUUUGUUCAAGCGGUAGUAUCUUUGAUAAGAGUACGAAGAGAUGCAGAACUGUCAGGGACGAGGAUCAAUGUCAUGUACAGUAUGAUUGUUUGUAAGUGUGUGUGUCAUCAUUAGCUUCAAAAAUUUCAAUUUUUUGAUACAGAAUUUUGCACUUCUGUUAGUCUUGUUAUUAUACGCAUGCUGUAUAUACUCAAAGGGUUAUCUAAAACAAUUCUCGGUUAAAAAAAUACCCUUGCUAUAGCCAAUAACUGUUGCAGAAAUCACUCCUGGAAAAACAUUGCUUUCGACAAAUGUCAAUCAGACUUUGCUUACUGUAGAGGAUUCAUCCCGAUCGAGUAUCAAUGUCCUCAUGAUUCAGUUUUGGGUCGCGAUGGCGAAUGUGUAGCUAAAGACUAUGUUCGUGAAUGUCGCCCGGAUGUCUCGUGGGAUUGCGAGAACGGUGAAGUGUACGAUCGAAAUGGGGAGCUGUGUCCUGGUACGUGUGUUUAUAUUUGUAAUAGUAUAAUGUGGGGGAAGGUAAUUUAGGAUGGGUUGGGCAGGUAGAGUAAGGUGUUAUGGGGUCAAGGAAAUGAGGGCAGGAUAAGGAGCAAGACAGCAUAGUUUAAGGUAGAAUUAAGUAAGGUCCAGUAAACUGAAGGUACUGUGGGGCAUUCGACGUUUUUAUAACAAUGUUGGGGUUGAAGGCAUAAAAAUUUCUUGCAGAAAAACCAGCUCCAGCACCUCAAUGCGUGGAUGGAGAAACUCUGGCAGUAAACGGUAGUUGUAGCUUGUUCAAACGUUGUGAUUACGGUCAUUUUGAGUUGAGAAAAUGCCCUUAUGGAUCUGGCUUCCAUCCAAGAGUAAAAGAAUGUGAAACGACCUACAAAUGUCCGGAGAACGACGGUCCUUACAUCUAUAAUCCGGGUAAGGCUAUACUAGUACUUUACUUUUUCUUGCUUUCUUCUAUCUAUCCCUCUACGCUACCAUGCGCAUUAGUUUUACUGUUUUUUCUCUCUCUUCUAUCUCUAAAUGCCAGCCAAAUCUCUCUUUUUCAGUUCCAGAACCACCCCGCCCAACCCAGCCACCCUUCGAGCCACUUCCACCCCAGAAUCCAAAGCCCUACCCUCAUUAUCCAGAAGAGCCUUUCCCUCCACAGCCACAUUGGUCUCCAGACCAAGCUUGCCGUGAAGAUCCAGGGCCAGCUGGCUAUCAUCGUGAUCCGUUGAACUGUGCCAAGUUCUAUCAAUGUGCUAGUGGUAGAUGGGUACAACAAAACUGUGCACCUGGUACUGUGUUCAAUCCCAGCGGGCCUUAUUGCGAUCACAUUGGCACUGUGCCUGGGUGUUAA